CAGAGGGAAGGGCACUCUCCACUGGCUCCACUUCAGCAGCCUGCUAGCUUCCAAAUGGAUACCAACUACACAACACCGGCCCACUCAGUCUUCCCCUUAACUGACCCGAACAACACAUGGAGCAAUGGCACCAUGAACGGUAGCCACUGUCCCGAGACCGAGGCCUGGGAUUGGUUGUACACCGUCCAGCCGGUGUACAUGGCCGUCCUGUCCGUGCUGGGCAUCAUAGGGAACGUGUUCGUCCUGGUCGUCUUCUGCUUCCACAAGAAGCCGUGCACCGUGGCCGAGAUCUACCUGGGCAACCUGGCGGCGGCCGACCUGCUCCUGCUCUCCUGCCUCCCCUUCUGGGCGGCCAACGUGGCCAACGGCUUCGACUGGCCGUUCGGCGACCUCAUGUGCCGCCUGGUCAACGCCGGCAUCAAGAUGAACACGUACGGGAGCAUCCACUCCCUGGUGCUGGUGAGCGCCGACCGCUACGUGGCCCUGGUCCACGCCAUGUCGCACGGGCGCAUGCGCCGGCCGCUCUACGCCAAGCUCAGCUGCCUGGCCGUGUGGGGCCUGGGGCUGCUCCUCGUCAUGCCCAUGCUCGCCUUCCGCCGGGUGAGCUACUUCCCCGAGUACAACGUGACCGCCUGCGUCCUCGAGUUCCCCAGCGAGGAGUUGCGCCUGGCCUGCGACGUCGUCCUCCUCCUGCUGGGCUUCCUCGCGCCCCUGGCGGCCAUCUCCUACUGCACGUACCGCAUCGUCCAAGCGCUGCACGGCCAGCGCCUGGAGCGCUUCAACGCCGAGAACACCGAGCGCAAGGCUACCUUCCUGGUGCUCAUCGUGCUGCUGGCCUUCCUGCUGUGCUGGAUCCCGCUCCACCUGCUGACCGUCGUGGACAUCCUGUUUCACCUCGGCGUGGUGGGCGGCUGCACCCUCGACCAAGCGCUGGACAUCUGCAGCCAGCUGUUCACUUACCUGGCCUUCAGCAACAGCCUGCUCAACCCCAUCCUCUACGUGAUCGUGGGGAAGAACUUUAGGAAGAAGGUCUGCGAGCUGGGCAAGCAGAUCAGCCUGAGUAGGAAGAAGACCGGCUCCACCAAGUCACAGCUGUCAACACUGAAGACGUUUGCGUCAAAUUGAGGAGCAG